ACGUUCAAGCAAAUUAUAUGGCGUAGCUUAUCAUUUGUACCUCGGGUUAAUUCUACUCGUGCGUUAAACUGUUACUAGUGUUAGGUUUGUACUGGAGUAUACUGGCUAUUCAUAAUUAUUAGAAUUAAAAUUUCAAAAUGCCAAAUAUUAAGGUUUUCAGUGGGUCAUCACACCCAGACUUAGCUCAAAAAGUUGUGGAUAGAUUAGGGAUAGGACUAGGCAAAGUAGUAUUGAAAAAAUUCAGCAAUCAAGAAACAAGUGUUGAGAUUGGAGAAUCAGUCAGAGGAGAAGAUGUGUAUAUUAUUCAGAGUGGAUCUGGUGAGGUUAAUGACAAUCUUAUGGAACUUCUUAUCAUGAUUAAUGCUUGCAAAAUAGCAUCUGCAUCUCGUGUUACUGCUGUCAUUCCUUGUUUUCCAUAUGCCAGACAAGAUAAGAAAGAUAAGAGUCGUGCACCAAUAUCAGCCAAGCUUGUAGCAAACAUGCUUUCUGUGUCAGGAGCAGACCACAUUAUCACGAUGGACCUCCAUGCAUCACAGAUUCAGGGGUUUUUUGAUAUUCCAGUUGACAAUUUGUAUGCUGAACCUGCAGUGUUAAAGUGGAUAAAAGAAAAUAUCACAGAUUGGCGGAGUUGUGUCAUAGUUUCUCCAGAUGCUGGAGGAGCUAAAAGGGUCACUGCUAUUGCUGAUCGUCUGAAUGUUGACUUUGCUCUUAUACAUAAAGAGAGGAAGAAAGCAAAUGAAGUGGCAUCCAUGGUUUUAGUUGGAGAUGUGAAGGACAAGAUUGCCAUCUUGGUUGAUGAUAUGGCUGACACUUGUGGUACUGUUUGUCACGCAGCUGACAAAUUAUUGGAAGCAGGAGCAAGUAAAGUUUAUGCCAUUCUUACUCAUGGUAUUUUUUCUGGGCCAGCCAUCUCUAGAAUCAACAAUGCUAGCUUUGAAGCAGUUGUUGUUACUAACACAAUACCUCAAGACAGCCACAUGAAGGAAUGCAGCAAGAUACAGUGCAUUGAUGUCUCAACCAUCCUGGCUGAAGCCAUCCGGCGCACUCACAAUGGGGAGAGUGUUACGUACUUGUUUAGGCAUGUCCCAAUGUAACUGUUUUCAUAGAGAAAGAUUUCAGUGUUAAAAGCAUGUGUGGAUAGAAUGUGUUUUGUCUCGAUUUUUGAGCAUAUCGUAUGUCUUGUUGUGAAAAACCGUAACUAUUCAAGACACAGCAUGAACAUUAACAAGUGUUUGAUGGUAAAACAACUUGUCUUUGUACUUUACUGAUAUUGACAUGUAUGUGAUACUGAAUUCCCAUGACAAUAGUAACCUUAUUCAUAUAAACGAUGUGUUGGAAAAAUGAAAAAGUUGAAAAGUAUAUUGUGCCUUCUUCAGAAUGUAUCUAGUAGAAUGUGAGUUGUUUAUUUUACAAUAAGAAUGAUUUUUAUCUCUAUAUACAUAUAUAUAUAUACAUGUUUUUUCCUCUCUAUGAAUUGGAAUUUUACCUUCCAAAAUAAAAUUAUUUCCGAACUAUGGUUUUUUUAAGAAAAUUAACUAAAUAUUCAUACUAAAAUAAUGAAAUGUGUAUUUGUAAUAAUAGCCCAGGCUAUCCAUGCAAGUUUUUUGCUUCCUUUUUUCUAAACAGUGAUUACUGUAAGGUGACUUGCAAAAUAUUUUGUAAUAUUUGAAUUUCUAAUAGUUGGUUUAGCUAAUUGGAUACAUUGUGUAUAAAUGCAAGAUUUGAAGAAUUGUACGGUUAUUUUUUUAUUACACCACAUACGCUGUUAUAUAUCAAGUUGAGUCUCCAGUUAAACCUUUUUAAAGGUCUAUUAAGUUUUUUGAGAUUCAUAUAUAGAUUUUGUUCCCAAAAGAAUAGAAUUCAAGUGUACAUCCUACCUAUAUGAAAAGUAUUUGUGAACGAUUAGUAAUAGUCAAUAUUGGUAGCAGUCACAAAAUAUAUUUUAGAAUAAAGGUAUAAUACUAGCUUCGUAAACUUUUACUUCAUUUAACAUAAGUUUUCAUUUUAUGGUUUGUCACUUUUAUAGUUUUUCUAUAACAUAUUAUAAGUAGACAAGACCUUGCAUUUGUUUUUUAGAUUUUAUCAUGCUUAAAGCAGUUCAUUCCGUAUGUUUUUCGUACAUCUAUGUCAUAUUUUAGCUAAGUGUGGUAAUACAAUAUCUGUGUUUGGCACUAUUUUAGAAAUUAACCAUUAUUUCGUCCAUGAACUUGCAUGAAGACUAACUAGUUUCUUAAGUGUGGAAAAUUUACUAAAAAAAUGUAUAUGUUUUUUUAUGUGUGUUGAUGUACAAGAAAUCAUUAACCAUGGGAGUAUACUUAUAAUUAACCAUACAUUAUUAUAUGUAAAAAUCUAUCAACAAUUAUUUUCCUGCAAUAUUAAGAUGGUCAAGAAAUACAUCUUUAGUUAGACCAUUUAUGCUGUCACAGUUUUCACAAACCCAGUUAGCACGUAGAUUUUGAAGGAGGUUAGGAUUGAAUAUAUGAGCCACUUGCUACUAUUUUUUGUCAGUCCUUGAAUAGUGGGCAGGUUCCAGAGGGUUGGAAGUUAGCUAAUGUAACUAUUCAUUU